AUGGCCCUUGCGGCCGUCUGCAGCGACCUCCAAACUCUACACCCAACUUUCCAAGGAGCAUUUCGGGGAUUCAUCGUCGACCACGGCGUCCGUAAGGGAAGCGACGAGGAAGCUCGCAAAGUCGCCACCGAGCUCGAAAGGAUUGGAAUCUCAGCGAAAGUUCUCAAACUGACGUGGGGACAACAAGAUCCGAAGACGGCCACGAAUUUCGAGACGCGGGCGAGAAAGCUGAGGUAUCGCGCUUUGGGGACUGCGUGCUGGGACGCACGGAUUAGCAAAUUACUGGUGGCGCAUCAUGCUGAUGAUCAGGCGGAGACGAUUCUUUCGAGGGUUGUGUCUGGGUAUAUGGGGAGUGGGCUUCAGGGGAUUAAGAAGUAUUCCCAGAUUCCUGAGUGUGAGGGAAUUUAUGGGGUUGAUACAUCUGGCUGGGAAAGAUAUCACGCUUUCAAGAGGGGAGAACGCUCAGCAGACAAUUCUCCGGAAGACAGGUCUUCAUCAAGAGGAUCAAACCCCCCGUGGUGCGAAGCGCCCGCAAGCCGCGUUGAACGUGGCGGUGUGUCCCUACACAGGCCAUUGCUACCAUUCACCAAAGAAGAUUUGAUCCUUUUAUGUCGGGCCAAAGGAGUACAAUGGGUCGAAGACCAGACGAAUAAGGACAAGACACUUACACAACGGAAUACCAUUCGACAUCUAAUGAAGAGCGAUGCACUCCCGGCGGCAUUACAGCGGGAGAGCUUGUCAUCGAUGGCAACGAAGCUGCGACAAGACAACGGUCAGAUGGAACGAGAAGUUGAGCGCUUAUAUCAUGCGACGCCUAUCAAGUUGCACAUCCGAACAGGCAAGGCGGUCGUCGACAUCGAUUAUGCGAAAUGGGAGUUGCCGUUCAUUUCCCAAGAAGAGGCAUAUCACGUCAAAGCCAUGUUUCUACGCAAAUUGCUACUCCUCGUCAGCCCGUGCAGCGACAUCGCGCUUCCAGAUCUCGACCACGCCCUGGACCUCGUCUUCCCGGAAGCGACGCCUUCGCGGACAAUACACUCGACUGAUGUGCCAGCGAGAGUGCAAAUCGCCGAGGUUAAUUUUCAACUGCACGUUAUCAAACGCUCGGUGCAAUUCGGUACGGGGUUAACUCUCUGCCGUGCUCACCCAAUGAGGACCAAAGCCAAUAGUCCAAUACCUAUGCCACGGGCAGAAGUCCCCUCUGACCCUACGCCUUGGGUUCUUUGGGACUCGAGAUUUUGGCUGCGGCUUGCUGUUGACCCAAUCCCGGACAUCUCGUUCGAAGUACGCUUUCUCACGCCUAAACUCGUGGGCGAGAUCCGGCAUAAACUUGGCAAGCUCCCAGGCUACGCUUCGAUACCCGCGCGCGAAAGAUGGACUUUGCCUGUCAUCAUGGCCUAUCGGCAUGGUGACUUGAUCUGUGCUGGUCUUCCAACAGUGGCCAAAUACGUCCAUGCUGAAGGGUCACAGCACGCUUUGCCAACCGCGCAGCUACUUCACGGGGCUUUGGAGUGUCGGUACAAGAACGUCGAUUUACAUCAAGAUUCUAUAACCGGGUAA